ACUUUGUGUUUCACCUCAUGAAGGUUAAUCAGUCGCUCUGCGUUGUUUGCUUGUUUGUUUGCAGGAUUACACAGAAAGCUGUGGGCAGGUGUGCCUCAUGUUUUUACCACUUUAGGUCAAUAAAGAUGGGCUUCUUAAAGAAACCUUCAUGUUCCUGAUCCUGAAAGGAUGCCGCAGAUGUCUCAGAUUUUCCCAGCAACUGAAAAGAGUUUGUGAGCAGUCAGAGCGUUGUAGACUUGCCGGAGCUUCGCGGCGGAGCUGGAGUGGGAUGAGAGCGGCUACGUGCUGUACUGUCCCUGCAUGGGUCGCUUUGGAAACCAAGCAGACCACUUCCUGGGAUCUCUGGCCUUUGCAAAGAUGCUAAACAGAACCUUGGCGGUCCCUCCUUGGAUAGUGUACCGCCAUCACACCCCUCCAUACACUAAUGUUCAUGUUGCUUAUAGUCAGUUCUUCCAGCUGGAGGCCUUGUCAGCGUACCACCGUGUGGUCAGUUUGGAGGAUUUCAUGGAGAAGCUGGCUCCUAGACACUGGCCCCCAGGACAGAGGAAUGCUUACUGCUUUGAGACGGCAGCACAGCGGAGUCCAGACAAGAAGUCCUGCCCUAUGAAGGACGGGAAUCCUUUUGGUCCAUUCUGGGACUAUGUUGGUGUGGAAUUUGACAUGUCAGUUUUGUUUGGAGGGAUUUCCUUUAGUGCCUAUCACCAGCCCCAGUGGAUGAAGAGGUUCCCUCCCUCUGAACACCCCGUGCUGGCGAUGCCUGGCGCUCCCGCUCAGUUCCCAGUGAUCGAGGAGCACGUGGGCCUGCAGCGCUAUGUGGUGUGGUCAGACAAGAUGGCGGAGGAGGGGGAGGAGCACAUCGCCUCCCUGCUGACCAGACCAUAUGUCGGCAUUCACCUCAGGAUUGGCGUUGACUGGCAAAAUGCCUGCAAGCUGCUGAAGAGUGGCGACGCCGGGCCUCACUUCAUGGCCUCUCCUCAGUGCGUCGGCUACAACCGGCAGACGGCCCGUCCUCUCACCAUGACCAUGUGCCUCCCGGACCUGGCAGAGAUCCGGCGAGCCAUCAGACUGUGGGUGAAAAAGACCUCAGCUCGCUCCGUCUACAUCGCCACGGACUCCGACUCCCACAGUUCCGAUGUGGAAAAGCUCUUCAAGGGCGAGGUGAAAGUGGUGACUCUCCAGCCAGACUCCGCCCAGAUGGACCUGUACAUCUUAGGUCGAGCAGACCACUUCAUCGGCAACUGCGUUUCCUCCUUUUCAGCUUUUGUGAAGAGAGAGCGGGAUAUCCAUGGCCUUCCGUCUUCAUUCUUUGGCAUGGACAAGUCCAGAAAAGUAAACCACAAAGAAGAACUCUGAGCAUCACAUGGCCACCCUCUGGACACUGAUGCUGGAUGACUGUCACGAGAAAAGAAAAGAAAGGAAGUGUUUCGACACCGCCAGCGCUGCUACCAAAAAACCCUCGAGUCCGAUUCAGGUUCCUGCCGUUCGCUGCCGACAACGUCAUGUUUGUCUGUCCACACACGUUGGACCUCACCAGACCCUGGAAACGACGACAUCUCUCAGCGAUCACGUUCACCCCUUUCACCGAUUCAAACCUGGACCAAACACUGAAUGCUCACUGAGAGGGAUGGAUGAUGGAUGGAUGGAUGGAUGGAUGAUGGAUGUAUAUAGGAUGGAUGGAUGUAUGUAGGAUUGAUGGAUGGUUGUUGGAUAGAUGUAGGGUGGAUGGAUGGAUGUAGGAUAGAUUGAUGGAUGUUGGA